AUGGGUAAUAAUCCUGCCGGACCAGGACUCAAAUUAGGCAAGACACUUUCGGAUGCUGAUGUUAUUGAAUUAUCAGCUUCGUCUGGUUUUACACCAGAAAAAGUGCGCGAAUGGCAUUCCGGUUUCAUAAAAGAUUGCCCAAGUGGAAAAUUGAAUAAAAAGAAAUUUGUUGAAGUUUAUAAACAAUUUUAUCCAACUGGAAAAGCUGAAAAAUUCUGUGAAUAUAUUUUUCGUGCAUUUGAUAAUGAUAGUUCGGGAAAUAUUGAUUUUUGCGAAUUUUUAAUCGCCAUCUCGAUCACUGCUCAAGAAGAACCCAAGAAAAAAUUAGAAUGGGCAUUUUCAAUGUAUGAUAUUGACCGGAAUGGUUUUAUUGAAAAAAAAGAAAUGAAAAAAAUCAUGGAAGCAAUUUUUGAUCUUCUUGGUGAAGAAAAAAAAGGUACGAAUACACCUCAGUUGAAAGUUGAUCAAAUAUUUACAAGAAUGGAUGUUAAUGGCGAUGGAAAAUUAUCGAAAGAAGAAUUUAUUUCUGGUUGUUUACAAGAUGAUUACUUACGAAGAUUACUUGCACCAUCAGCUUCGUAG